CCCACAACAAACACAGACCAUGCCCGUCCGAACUCGUGGUCACGAACUCCCCACGACUCGCAACACCCUCGCGAACGGUGUAGACGCGCACUCCGUUAUCCCAAAAUGCCGUCCUCAAAACGUCGCGUUCAAAGAAGGGGCGAUACGUAUGGUCCGCCUCAAGGUCCCCCUUCCCAGCGGUCGCCAAAUGUACAUCAUGCGCUUCGAAGACGAACCUGCUCGUAUCAGCGCAACAAACAUGUUCAAGGCCUCCUUCCCGGAGCACACUACUGCCCAACUUGAAUCUGAAAUGGAGUGGAUUGAGGAAGAAUACGCGACGCAUGAUGCGAACGGCGCGCCGGGAACGUGGGUCGGUGCGGAGGAUGCGAGGGAGUUGGGCACCGAGUAUGGUAUUCUGCCGUGGAUUGAGGGUUUGUUGGGAGCGCCGUAUUCCAGGGGAGCGAGUUUGACGCCGGCGCCGGAGUUGGCUGCGCCGUCUGAGACCACGAACGUUGAUGAUGAGCCUACGCCGAGGCCGACGCGUAAGGACCCCACGCGUGCGGCGAAUCACCCGAAGCGGUCUGUUCGCUCAAGUAGACGCGCACGCGAAUCCUCCACAGCUCCCACCGAGCCCGAGACUGAAUCUGAAGUCGGUACCGAGGCUGCACACGUCGUCUUGGGCGAGCCCAUCACCACCAGCGACCAAGGCGUGAUUGUCCAGGGCGUCCACCAUGACGACGGCUUCAUCGACGGCAACAACGUUGUUCGCACCCACGAAGCCGCCGCCGAAUCCAGUACUGGCCAAUCCUUCGAGACCCGCCAAGUCAUCGUCGAGAAUGAAAUCGACGGCGGCCGCGACAUCGAAGCGGAAAUUGAGGAGUCGAAGCGUAUUGCGCGGGAGACGAUGGAGGCUAUGCGCUCUAAUGCUGAUGACGAGGUUGACACGUUGGAGGAGAGCGAAGGGUUGAGGAGGAGGCAUAAGAGGGAUGUGGAGGCGUUAUAUGCGGAUGAAGACGAGGAGAUGCCGUUGGUUAAGAAGACGAAAGUUGAGAGGUUGGAGAUUGAGGUUGUCAAGGAGAGGAGGAAGGUUAGGGCGCUUUUGGGGCUUGUUGUUGGCUUGGGAGCCAGUGCUGUUUUGCCUUACAUUCUCUGAGGUUCUGGUGGUGUGCGAUGUAUGCUAUGGAUGAAGAAGAAGAAACGGUAACCGAUAUUGACUUAUUGUUUUGGUACUCCUUCUGCAAUGGACCAUCGUGGGAAGUGCUGCACGUGAGGCCAGC